GCUUGUCAUGAAACCAACGAGACAAAAGAAGCGUGGACUCUUGCUGGAAUUAAAACACGAAAGAAAGCAAGCAGAGGAGGAAGACGUUUUGGAGUUUGAAGUAACUUUUUUGCACUCUCCCAAGCGAGAGAAGCAGAAGACACACAGUAGUUGUAGAGUUAAAUAAGCAGCCGUCAACAGACUCAACUUUGCUAUCAAUUUCCUCAUUGACAAGCUACACUACUAAAAGCAGCGAUGGCGCCAUCUCUCCUCCAGGCCUACAGGAGGCGCUGGUGGAUGGCGGUGACGGCAGUUAUAGAGAACCUGCUGUGUUCCGCCGUGCUCUUGGGCUGGGGCUCGCUGCUCAUCAUGCUGAAGCGAGAGGGCUUCUACUCGCACCUUUGCUCAGAGAACGACUCGGUGGUGGUGUCUUUGGGCAACUCCUCAGAUGGCGAGGCGGUGGAGCGGCUGAGCUGCGUGGACCAGGAAGAGAUGUUAAAUUUGGGCUUCACCAUCGGCUCCUUCCUGCUCAGCGCUACCACCCUACCCCUCGGGAUCCUAAUGGACAAGUUUGGGCCACGCCCCAUUCGCCUAAUGGGCAGCUUUUGUUUUGGUUUUUCCUGCAUCAUAAUGGCUGUGUCUUCCUACGACCCUCACGCACUCUCGGCCCUCAUCUUUCUGGCUCUGUCUCUGAACGGCUUCGGUGGCAUCUGCCUGACCUUCACCUCGCUCACGCUGCCGAACAUGUUUGGUGCCCUGAGCUCCACCGUCAUGUCUCUGAUGAUUGGCUCUUACGCCUCGUCCGCCGUCACCUUCCCUGGAGUCAAGCUGAUCUACGAUGCAGGCGUAUCCUUCCAGGUGAUCAUGUGGGUCUGGGCGGGCCUGGCCGCUUUCGUCUUCUUCAACUGCUUCCUUAAUUGGCCCAGAGAAGGUUUUCCAACGCCUGAAGAGGUUGACUACAGUAAGAUCCUCACACUGCAAGAGCUGCCGUCAUCGGACCAGAAGAGCGUCGGAGAGGGGCUGAGGGAAAAAAAUGGAGACCUCCAACACCCCACGGAGAAACUUCCCAAUGGGGGCGAUGUUGCAACCAACGCUGUCCCCUUCCGUCGGUCUGUCUUCUCUCCCAUCUUCCUGUGGAGUCUGGUGACGAUGGGGAUGUCCCAGCUGAGGAUCAUAUUCUUCAUGGGCGCCAUGAACAAGAUGCUGGAGUUCAUGGUGACGCACGGCCAAGAGCACCCUUCUGAAGAGUUGGUGAGUGAGAGCGCCGAGAAAGUGAGCUUCUACUCGUCCAUUUUCGGCACCCUGCAGCUGCUGUGCUUGGUUACGUGCCCUCUGAUUGGUUACAUCAUGGACUGGAAGAUGAAGGAGUGUGAGGAGGAGAAGCCCCUCUCAGCAGGCAUGGAAAGGAGCCAGGCCAGCGGACUCAAGCGAGACCGUAAGAUCCAGAAGGUGACCAACGCCAUGAGGGCCUUCAUCCUCACCAACCUGCUCCUCAUCGCUUUCGGCUGCUGCUCCCUCAUAGACUGCCUGCCGCUACAGAUCCUGACCUUCAUCCUUCACACCAUGGUCCGAGGCUUCAUCCACUCCUGCUGUGGAGGACUCUAUGCUGCUGUAUACCCGUCCAACCACUUUGGCACACUGACAGGCCUCCAGUCCAUGAUCAGCGCUGUGGUGGCCCUUCUCCAGCAGCCCCUCUUCAUCGCCAUGGUCGGCCCGCUUCAAGGAAACCCCCACUGGAUCAACGUGGGCCUGCUGAUCCUCUCGCUGGCCGGCUUCCUGUUGCCUGGUUACCUCUUCUACCACCGCAGAUUCUUGUUGAAGGAGAAGGAGGCCCGAGACAAGAGGGCCGCCGGCCAAGAGAUGCAAGCGCUCAACCACACGGAGGCAAACGGCUACAACAAGCACCACAGCAACGGCCAGGCAGUGGUCGAGGCUUAGGAACGACACGGCACAAGCAAGGAUUUGGGGAAUUACAGGAUUUAUUUUUGUAUGUGCCUUCAUAAUGAGCAGCAAUACAUGUAUAGACAGUGUUUUUUGGGUCAUUGUAAACCAUAUCAUAGAUGAAAAUAGGAACGCCCCCUCCCCCAAAGCCGCCCGUGUGCCGUGUUCAUGCUGUGGUGUGAUGUGGGGAGAAACUGUGUUGCCAGCAUUUGUUGUUUAUUUAUUUUUGGUUGACGUCACGGAGCCAAAUGAGUGCGAUCCAAAGCCAUACACACCGUAGGUUUUACUCAACAAGCUGAUGCAAAGACACAAGCGCGUCCCCGGUGUGGCCUGGGUGUGGCCUGGGCGUUACACUGCGGAUAUCACGGUACUUGAAACACUUGGAGUUUUCAAAGACAAAUCAUCGCUAAAACCAAAGAGCAGCUUGGAUAAUUGUUUUGAGUGAAUGAAGUUUUUAGUGUAUUAUUGAUCGUGCUGUUUCUAUAGAGAUCCGAUUCAUAAAAGCUCAGAUGCUUUGAUACAUGAUUUUAUUUUAUUUUUUUAAGAGACACAUUUCAGCAAGUUGAGGGUGAUUUACACGCAAUCUGCACAGAUAGGCUGGUUGUAGAGACACCACAUCUACCUCCUCCAUUUCAUUAUUUGUACUGUCUCUCUGCAGCCGACUACAGCCGUCGUCUUUUUUUUUAUUUUAUUUUUUUUUAAUAAGUUUAAUUCCCAAACCACGAACGUAAUCAGUGCAUCAUUUUCUCCUUGUGCAUUCAUGUUGCUCCCAGCGAAGCUGAAUUAACACAUGGCAUUAAUAUUUUGUAUGAAUAAAUAGGAAAUUAGACAAGGAAGAAUAUGAAAGAUAUUCAAGUAGAGCACACAGUGUGUGUCCAUGUUAUUAAAACACUUUGUACUGCUUUUAUGCACAGAAAUGAACUAGUGUGUGUAUAAAAUGUGUAUUUAAAGUGUGUUUUUUAUACUUUAGCUGCAGUAGCAUAUAAAAAAGGGAAGCAUUUGUUGGGAGUGCCAGCGAAUGUUUUUGUAGUGUGCAAAGAUGAUUGCCUGCUUUAAAAGCCUUUUCUUGUCGUGUUGAUUCUCAAGUAACAAUCCUGCCAAAACAAUUGUGUAAAUAGUAGCGAGGUGAGCGUUCUAUUGGAGGACUCAUCGUGCUCGCUUUACCAUAUAAGGUGCGCAUGCAGUGUGUACAGUAUGUGGCUGGCUGUGCUUCUUUGUGUUUUAUUAAUAGUUUGUAUGAUUAAAAUCGCCCGAGAAGCCGCAUCAGCUGUAUUAUAACACAUGCAAUCAGUUUGUAAAGAGUGAUUUUGGUUGUUUUUUUUUUUGCCUCAAUGCUUUUCAGUGUCUGUACAUGUUGAAUACCUGCCAUCUCUUCUCAUUUUCUACAUUUUGUUUUGAAUUGUCUCUAAACUCGCUGCCUUUCCCUGACAUCCGGCUGCAUGGAGACGCUGACUUGAAGAACGUGGCUAUGCCGAAGCAAAGCCAGUUUAUUAGGAACUGUGAAGUGCCUGGAAAGUGGUCACAGGCGCAGCACUUGCUAAGCAGCAAAAUGGGGGUGUGCGCACAGCGUUUGUGUCAGCGGUGUUGAUUUAGCAUUCCUGCAGUUCUGUCGACAAAAUGUGGAUCGUUAAAUGUGAUCUAUUUCAUCAUAACUAAGUGUUUGUUCGAGGGAGGAAAACUUUGCACAUGACGUUUAAUCAACACCUCUGACAUUGUCCUUUGCUCCGUAUUUUAUCAAUCAUCAUAUAAUCCCACUGCUUAAAGUCAUCGUCAUUAUCAUCAGCAUUAUUAUUAUUAUUAUUAUUAUUAUAUGCUUGUCCUUCUUCGCUCCAAUCAUUUUACCAAGCUUGUGCAUUACAUAAACAAAUAAAUGUAUGAAAUGUAUGAAAGAAGACUUGGUGGAAAAGAGGUUUUUAUUGACAAUAUCUCCAAUAUCUCUCUGAAACCUAGAAAUCCACAGCAAAGGUGGCUGAGUGUUAUUGUUCCUGGCAAACACGUGCUACACCAACACCCAUAAGGAUUCAUAACGGGGGUGUCCAAACUUUUCCCAGCGAGUGCCGCGUAAGGUAAUAAAAUCAAAGGAUGCGGGGGCUGCUUUGAUAUUUUCCAUUUUGUAAACCAACCCAUGCUAACAAAAUGUACAUAUUUAAAGA